AUGUCGAUCCAUAGGGAUGCCGGGGAUCGAACCAACCAAACUGGCAAAAUGGCCGUUGCAGCGCAUAGUCAAACGGCAUCCCUGGCGAUUGCUGGAACAGCAGUGGCCGCAUUGACCGCGGGUGGGCGGAAGGCUCUCGGAAACGUCAAGCCAACGCGGGUGCGCCAGUUCUUCUGUGAAAGGGAAGCCUGCGUCUUUCUGAGGGAGGAUGUGGGGCAUGUUGUGAAAGAUCAUGCAUUCGGCUGUGCUGGUCCCUACGGUGCUGUUGGUAAAUGGGAUAAUGUUAGAAUCGAAAUGCAUUACUACUUCAUUUACACUUCAAGAGUCUGCGCCAAAAUGUCUCUUGCAGGGUAG